CGCGCUGUUGAUCACGUAAUGCCGCGGCGCCUGAGGCGAUUCAGCUGGUUGGUGCGUAAGCUGCGAGCGACACCUGGUGCGGGCCGCUCGGUUCCCACUGCGCCCGCGACCCCGGCUUCGACGCCAGCUGCGGUCCGGCCGCCGCCUAAACAUGGACUCCGCCGGCCAAGAUAUCAACCUGAAUUCUCCUAACAAAGGUCUGCUCUCCGACUCCAUGACGGACGUCCCUGUCGACACAGCAGUGGCCACCCAGGCUCCUGCUGUUGAGGGUCUGACAGAUGCUGAGGCGGAGGAGCUCAGGGCUGAGCUUGCAAAGGUGGAGGAGGAGGUUGUCACUCUGCGCCAGGUGCUGGCAGCCAAGGAGAGGCACUGUGGAGAGCUGAAGAGGAGGCUGGGCCUUUCUGCCUUGGAGGGCCUGAAGCAGAACCUGUCCAGGGGUUGGCAUGAUGUGCAGGUCUCUAACGCCUACGUGAAAACUUCUGAGAAGCUUGGAGAGUGGAAUGAGAAAGUGACCCAGUCGGACCUCUACAAGAAGACCCAGGAAACCCUCUCUCAGGCAGGACAGAAGACCUCAGCAGCCCUGUCCACCAUGGGCUCUGCCAUCAGCCGGAAGCUUGGGGACAUGAGGGCUCGGCCCUUCUCACACUCCUUUAGCAGCCACUCCAUCCGCCACUCCAUAAGUAUGCCGGCCAUGAGGAAUUCCGCCACCUUCAAGUCAUUGGAGGACCGAGUUGGGACCAUAAAGACUAAGGUUGUCAGUGGCAGAGAGAAUGGCAGUGACAACCUUCCCUCCCCGACCGGGAGUGGAGACAGACCCCUGCCCGAUCACACGCCCUUCUAAGCCCGUAGCAGCUUUGCCCGGCCACGGCACAAGCACACCCUCAUCGCCACAACUGCAACCUCAAGCGGCGGGUGUUGAGGACAAUCACGCCAUCCCCGUGGAGACGUGGCUGCCGCGCUCGCAUGGGUCAGAGAACAUGUCCUGUACACAGAUGCCUCCCUUUCUGUCGGUAGCUCAGCAAAUCACUGCGCCGUCCUGCCUCGGAGCAGGAAGCGGACAGGGUGGCGGGUCCCGGGGUGUGAGCCAAAGCCAAGCUCUUGUUGGGAGUCUUGUUAGUUGAUCAGCAUGUUGAAAGCGGGGUGGGGGUGGGGGGAAGAGCGAUAAGUAUAAAAUGCGUGGUGUUUUCUAAACUCCUUCCCUAAGUCGCAGAAGGAAGAGUCAUCCAGAAAGCCCUGCCGGAUCUGCAGUUUUAUUUCAAAAUGCCUAACAGGAAAACUACCCAUUUUCUGAGACCUUCCAGAAAGCUGAUUAUCAGCAGAUGCCUAAUCAUUACACUAAUGAUCUAGCUUUAACAAAAGCAAAUUCUUUAUUUUUUAAAUGCAGCAGGUUUUUCAAAAAGUAAAACUAAGCAAAGCAGCUUUAGCCUCACAGUUAGAAAAUAUUAUUCCUUUGGACUCAAGCUGAAGUGCACGCCUUAUAUCGCCUUAUGUUUUAUUUGUUUAUAAUGUUUUUAUAUAUAUAAACGAGGGUUCUUUAGUGGAUUUUGAGCACUAUGUAAAAUCCUGCAUCCAGCCGAGGGGCAGCACCUCUGUGCCAGUGGUGUGUUUUAUUUCAGGAGUGCAUUCCAUCCCCGUAUAGAAAACUGGCUUCUCUCUUCUCUCAGUGACCGGCGCAGCUCCCGCUGGCCGAUGGGGGUGGGAGAAAGAAAGACCAGCACCUUCACAGCGGGCUGGCGCUGCCCCUGUGCAAGCUGGGCCUGGCUGGCACGUCGCCGAUCAGCGGCUCCAACCUGCGUGUGUGGCACACGCCAGGGCCAGCGAGCGGCAGGCAGACCCGCAGGUAGGUCAGAGCCAGGGCGUCGGGUCAGCUGGGACUCUGCUGUUGCCUUUCUCAGGAGCUACAAAGAUCUGUUUCUGCUCCGAUGCUGCCACAGCCCAGCAGCCUCUCACCCAGGGCCCCACGUCUGGCGCGCCUGGAGGGGCAGCUCUGUGCCUUACAGGCUCUUAGCGGGCAGAGGCCUCGCCUGCAUCUGUGCACUCUCGAAGGGGAGGAGCCGUCAGCUCAGUGUCUUCUCUGGUCGACCGUGAUGUGCUGUCUGGUACCUGAGUGUCUGCUGGUCACUUCAGACACACGGGGGGGGGGGGGGGGUGGCUGCAGUCCACACUCGUGCCUUGGGAGGAACGCUGCUCUGUGCUCUUUCCCCAGGGUUGGAAUCUCUCAGAUGGGGUGUGAUGGGAAGGCAGGAUGCAGGUGUAAUAACGGAUUUAUCUUUUCCUUAAAGUAGAUAACGGGUGAUUUGUCAAUAAAGCAUUCCUUUGGGGGAAAACCCA